AUGCUGACAGCAGUUGUUGGAACGUACACUGAUAAUGGAAGUAAAGGCAUUUACUCUCUCAAAAUUAGCCAGAAUGAUGGCAGUUUUUCCUUCCUUGAAUCAGUUGAAGUAGAUAAUCCUUCUUAUGUUAUUUUAAAUAGAAACAAUACAAGAGUUUAUGCAGUGAGUGAAAUGCACAACGAGAAAGCGGCUCUUGUUGCGUUAGAGUUCGAAAAAAUUAGUGGUCAAUUUAAAGUCAUCAAUUCACAAUUAACGCAUGGAAUGGAUCCUUGCCAUUUACUCCUUGGAGAUGGUUUUGUUGUUACUGCUAACUAUUCCAGUGGUAGUAUUACUGUAUUCCCAUUGGAUUCCAAUGGUGGAAUUCAAGAAGCAAGCCAAGUUAUCAAAUUUGAAGGAACGGGACCAGAUAAAAGCAGACAAGAAAUGCCUCAUGCUCAUCACGUAUACUUUACACCAGAUAGAAAAUUCCUUCUUGUGAAUGAUUUAGGAACUGAUAAAAUUCACAAGUUUAAGGUCAAUUCACAAGCACCAUUUCUUUCUGAAACAUAUGAAGACAUCAACGUUCAACCAGAAUCAGGUCCUCGCCACUCAGUUUUUACGAAAAAUGGAAAAUAUAUGUAUUUAAUAAAUGAACUCAACGGCCAUGUGAAUGCGUUUGUCAAUCAGAAUGGUACACUUUCCAUGUUCCAGAGCAUUAUUUGCGAUUCUGUUAGCGCAAGGGGUUCAGCUGAUAUUCAUCUCUCCCCUGACGGGAAGUUUUUAUAUGCAAGCAACAGAUUGAAACAAGAUGGAAUCUGUAUUUACAAAAUUGAUAGUAGCAGUGGCUAUCUUUCAAAAGUUGGCUACCAAAUAACUGGAAUUCAUCCAAGAAUAUUCGAUAUUACUCCAAAUGGUAAAUUCCUAUAUGUUUGCUGCAGAGAUAGCAAUUGUAUUGAAGUAUACCAACGUAGUCUUGAAUCAGGCUUAUUGAGAAAAGAUUCUGAAAUCAAAUUGCCUCAUCCUGUUUGCAUUAAGUUUGUUGAAUUAAAUUGA